AUGGCACUCGUUCGCAAGGUCAUACCCCAACUCGACCUUUUCGGGUUCUUGCUGUUUAUCCCAGCAGCCGUCAUGAUUCUCCUCGCGCUGCAAUUUGGCUCCGGAAAUACCUUUGCAUGGGACAGCGCCACAAUUAUCGGACUGCUCGUUGGCGGUGUCGUCAUGGCGCUUAUCUUCAUCGCGUGGGAGUGGCACAUGGGUGACCUUGCUAUGCUGCCAGGUAACUUGAUCAAGCAGCGGAUCGUCUGGACAAGCGCAUGCUUUGCCAUGGGCAACAUGGUCUGCGUGAUUGUGGCAAGCAACUUCCUUCCAACUUACUUCCAGGCCCUAAUAGAUUCAGUGACGCGGUGGGGAUAUUACCUACCUUGGGCUUUCGCGAGCGCUGUUGUGAUGACUGUCGGCAACGGCCUCAUCUCGACGUUCACCCCAACCACGGCUGUCGCGAGAUGGAUCGGGUAUCAAAUCCUCCUAGGUGGUGGCCGUGGCUUGGGAUUGCAGACGCCCCUGAUUGCAAUUCAAAACGCCGUCCAGCCAUCACAGGUUCCCGUUGGCAUGGCGUUCCUCAUCUUCCUGCAAAAUCUCGGAGCAACUGUAGGCGCGGUCAUUGCCAACACCAUUCUCGCGCAAACCUUAACCAACAAGAUCCCUCAAUAUGCGCCGUCUGUCGCCCCACAAGCUGCGUUGGAGGCCGGUUCCGAUCCCGCUGCCAUUCGUCACUUGGUGGAUGGUCACGAGAACGAGCUCAACGGCGUCUUGCUGGCAUAUACCGAGGGUUUGCGAAAUAUUUUUUACUUACUGGUUGGUAUGUCUGCAAUUUCGUUUUUCAUGAGCUUCGGCAUGGGAUGGGUAGAUGUUAGGAGGAAGAAAGAUGUGACGGCGCAAGAGGAUGGUGAAGUGCACAGCGGAAAGGUGGAGGUGGAGAAGAACGGCGUCUAA